UGGCCAGCUCUGGCACUGAAUUUUUGAGCCACCAAAUAGACUCAUGGAGUCAUGUGUACCAGGGACUGAGAUUCUGGACAGAGAAAGAUGGUCAGGUAGGCCUGACAUCCAGUCAGGGAGAGAAGCAGCAGGCCAAGCUCCUGCCUUCAGGAUGGCUGCCCCUAAUGCAGAUGAACUGAAGAGUCUCCGGGAAAAUUUCCAGAAAAAGAAUCAAACCUGUUUCAUCUUGGGUGCCUCUGGGGAAACUGGGAAAGAGCUUCUAGCUGAGAUUUUGCGACAGCAGCUCUUCUCCAGGGUGACGCUCAUUGGACGCCGGAAGCUAGAGUUGGAAGGGCAGCAGUAUGCCAAUGUGUCCCAAGAAGUUGUAGACUUUGAGAAACUGGACGAAUCUGCUGGAGCCUUCCAAGGUCACGACGUGGGAUUUUGCUGCCUGGGGACAACCAGAGCCAAAGCUGGCGCGGCUGGAUUUGUGCGGGUCGACCGUGACUACAUUGAGCAUUCAGCAAAGCUAGCCAAAGCCGGUGGUUGCCAUCACUUUGUUCUGCAGUCAACCAAGGGUGCUAAUAUUUCCAGCAGCUUUCUCUACCUAAAGGUUAAGGGUGAAGCUGAGGCUCGAGUCGAAGCAGUUGGGUUUGAUCGUUGUUCCAUAUUUAGACCAGCGGUGCUUCUUUGCGAUCGUCAAGAAUCUCGGCCUGGUGAGUGGGUAACCAGAAAGGUUCUUGGAGUGGUAGCACACAUCUCCCCCACAGCUAUGUCGGUUCCCACGGUGACAGUGGCCCGAGCCAUGGUGAACAAUGUGGUAAUGCCAAGAAAGGAUGGGCAGAUGGUGGAGAUCUUGGAAAACGCAGCCAUACAUGCACUUGGACAGCCAAAAUAAUUGGGAGGCUUGCUUUCCAGGUGACACAUUGGUGAAGGGUGCCUUAUCAGUUCCCAAGUCCUAACCUUCGCUAUUUUUCUUUCCCUAGAAGUUGUGCCUCAUGCAGUGAGGUCUUAAAUUGAGGCCUCUUUUUCAGCAUGAUAACUAAGCAAAACCCCAGAUUUCUCCUGGCUGCUGUCUUGCAUUCUCAAAUCCAGAUGGCUAUGCAAUGGUCCUUUUUAACAUUUUCAGGCAUAGCAAUGACUGGGAAGAGGAGCAUGUACUGCUUGGGCAACAUUUCUUCUCUGUGUCGUCCUGUCUAUAGUUUGUAUGAGCUUUGAGUACCUCAAUGCUUGUUGCUUGAUGGAUCAAGUCUAAUCUCUAUACUUGGUUUAUUCUUUUGGUCAGGAAUGUUACUCAAAUGAGACAAGCCUUCAUGUAACUAGCUUAUUAUGUCUAAAUAAUGGAGAAGUGUUCACAGUAGCUGUGUUUGAAUGUAUGAGCCUACUGUCAUUUCGCAUCCUUUGAAUUAAACACUGUGCCCUAGUAAGUGUUUUCUGUUGAUAAAGGAAGCAUUUGUAAACUGAAAUGUUCUACUUUAUCUACCCUUCAGAAGUGUAGCUGUAUGAUCUGGUUCUUAGAACCUCAACAGUGGAUGCAUAUACGCUAGAAAUAAUGCAGUUUGACUCCACUUUAACUGCCAUGGCACCAUCCUCCAGAAUCCUGGGAGGUGUAGUUUUAUGAGGCACCAACACUCUUUGGGCAGAGAAAGCUAAAUACUUUGUAAAACAAACCACAGGACCUUGUAAAAUAGUAAAUUCUAUAGGAUGGAGCUACAGCAGUUAAAGUGGUGUCAACUGCUUUAUUUCUAUAGUGUAGAUGCACCCAGUGUUUCCUUAUACCAAAGUAAACUAUAAUGCUUUUACAGUCACCCAGCUGCUAUAAAUGUCUCAAGGGAAAACAGUAAGGAAUAAUGGGAUAUUACAGAGUUUUUGUAAAAAUAAAAAGGGAAAUUUCUCUAAUAUUUUUGUGGCAUAUUUUUUUCAUGGAUGUAAAAAAUUUGAAUUUAUGUAUUUAUGUACAUAAUUUUUGAAUUUAUAUAAUAAUAAUUAUUAUUAUUAUUAUUAUUAUUAUUAUUAUUAUUAUUAUUUGUAUACCGCCCUCUGGCAAACCAAUAUUUGCAGAUAACAUGGAACACAUAUUCUAGUUCUCAGCUUUGCCACUGCCUUACUCAGAGGGAAAGAGAGAUUAUCUUAGUUCUUAUAUACAGUCUCUGGAGAGGCAUCAGUUCAAAUAUAGGACUGAAAAUCCUGUCACUGUUCACCCAAAUUCCUCCGCUCUAAAUGUGCAGUAUUGCUGUCAACUGGCAAAGAGCUCUAAAAAAAUAACACCUGAGGUAAACAAGUACUGUUCAAGCAUUCUUAUCUUAACACAAUGAAGGGGAAGGUAAGGAUCUUCUACCUUGUUCUGGCCCUUAACUCAUACCCACUGUCCUGCACACAUAGAAGGGCAAAUACACGAUAGGAAGUUGGUUGUGGUAUCUACAGGGGGAUGCAGCAGUGGAACAGGUAGAGCUGGUUAGUACAACCUCUUCUCCCUGCAUGUGAUUCACAGUAUAUGAGGAGGAGGGUUCCAGUAUGGCAUCCUUAUCUUUUGCAGCAAUCACAUGGGUGGCUUUUGCUAGGUGUACACAGUCACUGGGAAAUCUGAACUAGUUGCAGGUUCCCAACAGGGCAAGACACAAACUUGCAUCCUCGUAGGGAAAGUUUUCUGUUUAAAGUGGCAUGUGGAAACAGGGUUUCAAGAGUGUUGAUAUCGGAGAAUACAUCUAGUUUGCUAGCAUCACUCAUGUUUGCUGCUGAGGCUAAAAAUUUGCAAAAUAAUUUUUUAAAAAGUGAAAAGUCCAAUUUCUAUAGCUUUCCCAUUUCAUCAUGAUUGUAAGUAGUAAUAGAAACUGGGAUAUUAUUGAAUAACUUGCACUUAAAAAUUAGUAAAUGAUAUCUUCCCUCCAUGGGAGGGCAGAGAUGAAUAAUUUGAAUGUUAAACAUGUUUUCAGAUAGCCUGGAUGCAGUUCAUGAUUUAAUAUGUUUCUUAUCAGUUAAUGUUCAUAACAUGCUUCUGACUGACUGAAUGUCAUGCUAUAGAACAUGCAAAUCUAUGUUGUCGUGAACCACACUUUGUUUCUCCAUAUCUAAUCUGUUUCUUUCCUGUCCCUUUUGUCAGCUAGGGGAACAAGCCAUGGUUCUCGCCAUGUCUUUUUAAAAAAGAAUCCACAAGCCAACAACAGUUCAUUGCUUGUGGUUUCCUGGCUAAAAAGUAAGGUUUUAUUCACAGGAACGGUUUCAUAAUCAACAGGCUAGAAGUGAACCACAUACACCUUGGCUUGCCAUUACAUGCAAACCUGGCCUUUGAGGACCAAAGUAAAUGAAUGUCAAAGGAUUUUGAGGUUGCUAAUAGAGUUAUAGCUUGUGUAAAACACUAUAAACCUUUGCAUUGCACUUUGUUAAAUCAGGAACAUCUCCUUUGUAAAAUAAUCAGAAAAGAACUCUGUACUUUUGAUGCUAUUUCUGAAGCUUUAAAUGUAUGUCGUUCUGGUUUAUGCACUUAAUAAAAUUUUGAAAUUCA